AUGGGUCUAAGAGGCAGAGCCCUUAGGGUAGCCAUCACAUUCACGGCCGUUAGUGGAUUCUCUUUUUUCGGUUAUGAUCAAGGUUUAAUGUCAGGUAUUAUUACUGGUGACCAAUUCAACAAAGAAUUUCCUCCAACAGCUGGUAAGAGCCAUGAUGCUGUGGUUAACCAAGGGGGAGUUGUUUCAUGUUAUGAAAUCGGAUGUUUUUUUGGUGCCUUAUUUGCAUUAUUUCAAGGUGACAAGUAUGGUAGAAGACCAAUGUUGAUCAUAGGUUCCUUACUUAUUAUUCUUGGCACUGUUAUUUCUGUUGCAUCCUUUGGCCCACAUUGGGGAUUAGGUCAAUUCAUUAUCGGUAGAGUCAUUACAGGAUUAGGUAACGGUAUGGAUACUGCCACAAUUCCAGUAUGGCAAUCUGAAAUUUCUCGAGCAGAAAAUAGAGGAAAAUUGGUUAACUUAGAAGGUUCCAUGAUCGCAAUAGGUACAUUUGUGGCAUAUUGGGUUGUUUUUGGAUUAUCGUACGUCGAUACUUCUGUGCAAUGGAGAUUUCCAGUGGCUUUUCAAGCAAUUUUUGGUAUUGUUUUAUUUGGGGCAAUUAUCAACAUGCCUGAAUCACCAAGAUGGUUAAUUGCCCAUGAUAAAAAAGAUGAAGCUAAUUACGUCUUAGCGGCUUUGAGUGAUGUGGAUAUUACAGACGAUAUUGUUAUUGCUGAAAGCGGUGUCAUAACUGAUGGUGUUAAUAGGUUUUCAAGAUCAGAAGUUGGCUUUAAGGAAUUAUUCUCAGGCGGUAGGCUGCAACAUUUUUCAAGAAUGAUUAUUGGUGCCUCUACCCAAUUUUUUCAACAAUUCACUGGGUGUAAUGCUUCUAUUUACUAUUCUACAGUUUUAUUUGAGAACUUGGGAAUGGGUGAAGAUUUUGAAAAAUUGCCCUUAAUCAUGGGAGGAGUAUUUGCCACCGUUUAUGCUUUGGCUACUAUUCCAUCCUUUUUUUUAAUUGAUAGACUAGGUAGAAGAGCAUUAUUUCUUAUUGGUGCUACUGGUCAAGCUAUAGCAUUCACAAUUACUUUUGCAUGUUUGAUUCCCGAUGACGGCCAAAAUAAAGAAACGGCUAAAGGUGCAGCCGUUGGUAUCUUCUUGUUUAUUGCCUUCUUCGCUUUCACUCUUUUGCCAUUGCCAUGGAUUUAUCCACCAGAAAUUAAUCCAUUGAGAACGAGAACGGUUGCUUCUGCUAUAUCUACUUGUACCAAUUGGUUGAGUAACUUCACAGUUGUUAUGUUCACACCCCUUUUUAUGAAUGAGAGCCAAUUCGGCUGUUACUUAUUUUUUGCUAUUUUCAAUUACAUUUUGAUCCCAACUACGAUUUGGUUUUACCCCGAAACUGCUGGUCGUUCGUUAGAAGAAAUUGAUAUCAUUUUCGCCAAGGCAUAUGUUGAUAAGAGACCACCAUGGAGAGUAGCUGCUACUAUGCCUCGCUUAUCCUUGCAAGAACAAGAUGAAGAAGCAAUUAAAUUGGGUCUCUUUGACGAGUUUGAAAAAGAAGGAUUUGAACACAGUGAAAAUCUUUCAUCUCAUUCUUCGCGUAAGACUCCAGAAGAUAGAUCACACGAUGAAUCUUUAGUAAGACCAGAAGGGGUUUAG